GCGAGGAGCUCCCAAGCAGCCUUCUCUCCCCGGAUGACGAACGGCGGGAAAACAUGGAGUCGGGCAAGAUGGCGCCUGGCAAGAACGCUCCGAGAGACGCCUUGGUGAUGGCACAGAUCCUGAAGGAUAUGGGAAUUACGGAGUACGAACCAAGAGUUAUAAACCAAAUGUUGGAAUUUGCUUUCCGAUAUGUAACUACAAUUCUGGACGAUGCAAAAAUUUAUUCGAGCCAUGCUAAGAAACCUAAUGUUGAUGCAGAUGAUGUGAGACUGGCAAUCCAGUGUCGUGCUGAUCAAUCUUUUACCUCUCCUCCCCCAAGAGAUUUUUUACUGGAUAUCGCAAGGCAGAAAAAUCAAACCCCUUUACCUCUGAUUAAGCCAUAUGCAGGACCCAGACUGCCACCUGACAGAUACUGCUUAAUAUCUCCAAACUAUAGGCUGAAGUCCUUAAUGAAAAAGGGACCUAACCCAGGAAGACUACUUCCACGGUUAAGUGUUGGUGCUGUUAAUAGCAGACCUACCACUCCUACUAUAGCAACCCCACAAACAGUGUCUGUUACAAAUAAAGUUGCACCUCCAGUAUCAGUGACAAGCCAAAGAUUUACGGUACAGAUUCCACCUUCUCAGUCCACACCUGUCAAACCAGUUCCUGCAACAACUGCAGUUCAGAAUGUUCUGAUUAAUCCUUCAAUGAUUGGACCAAAAAAUAUUCUUAUUACCGCCAACAUGGUUUCAUCACAGAACACGGCCAAUGAAUCAAACCCAUUGAAGAGAAAACAUGAAGAUGAUGAUGACAGUGAUACUCUGUAAGGAAAUAAUCUAGAUGCAUUUCAGAUGCAUAGUUGGUUUUGAGCCCAAUAUACUGAACUAGAACAUUCUAGAUCUUCUCAAGUUUUAUCUUGGAAAACAAAGACAGCUGCAAUAUUUUUCAUAUUUAUGUGAACUGUUAGAUUUAAGUAAGGCUGCCAAUGUUUUUUCAUUAGGCUUCAAGUAGAAAAAGUUAAGCAAUUAUUUAAUAGUUUCAUUAAUGUUGAGUCCUACAAUUCUGUUUUGGGAAGCAGUUUUCUGCCAUGUAUCACUGACAAUAGCACUUAAGUUUCAGUUUCUGCGGCCUGAUCAGUGUGAACUAAUCUUUACAUCAUAAUUUCUAAUCUACAUUCAAGUACUACUUUCUUUUGUAAGUUAAAAAAGUCACUUUUAUUGUCACCAACUUUUAUAAAGAAUUCUCUCAACUUAGUAAAUACUUUGGAGAGGAUGUAUUUAAGAUUCUAAAUCCAGUUUUGAAUGUAUUUGUUUCUUGGUUUUCCUUAACCUCCUACCUCCUCAACCCCAUUUCUAGAUCCCAUUUGUUUUUCUGCACCAUCUUCUCCCCAUAGGCUUAAGUUUCUCCCUAUUGCUCUUAAAUUUAAAAGGCCAAAACUGGAAUUUUAAAAAUAUCAUUCCUAAUAAUACACCUUAGUAUCAUUUUCAUAUAUUUAAAACCUGUUUUAUAUGCCUGCUGUUCUACAGUUCACUUUAACCUGGAUGUUUCCACUUGCUUUUCUCUCUAUACCAGAGCAAUCUGUUAUCCCUUGCAUUUUAUGCCCAUUGAGCUUUACUCUCUUUUUGAUAAGUAGUUUACAUUCAGUUUCAGUCUUAUAUUCCAAGUUGAUAACUCCACCAUAUUUCACAUUUCUAAAUUUAACAUAGAAGAUGCUAUAGCUUAAAAUCUGCGUUGAUAAGUAUAUUUACACUGGACCUAGGCAAAACCACUGAAGAGCAAGUAUUUUACCACAUGCAUACAUGCUUUGAUCACUACUGCUUGAACCUUCCUCCUAUUGGUAUAAUUCAGAUCAUUUUUCUAGUUUGUUGCUGAGGAUGUCACACUUAAGAUGGUAUCACACUUGAAAGUUUUCUAAUGGUUUUCCUUCCUGUAGAAGGCCAAUAACAAAUUAGUGUGAUGUGAACUGCACUUAGAUACACUCUGCUUAGAUUUUCCCAGUAAUGUUACUAAACACCUUUCCCUUUUUAUACACAUCUAAAUACCUUAUUGGGUAAGAUUGCUAAGUUUUCAAAAAUAUAAACAGGUUUGUACAGUUUCUGUUUAAGUAAGUUUGACAUAUUCAACAUAUGAUUACUUUUACAGAAUUUCCUGUAAUGAAUUUUCAUAUUUGAGGAUUUUCAAAAUUUAAAACACAAAGUUUUAUCUUAGGAUGCCACUUGAUAAAGAAUUACUCCAGUAACAGGGAAGAAAUGUCUUAUUUUGAGUGUUUUUGGAUGUUAGGAAAAGGUGGUAUCAAACUUAUAAAAACAGAUCUGAUGAACAUCAUAGGAGAGAAAUGUUCACUAUAUAUAGCAUAGAAAAUCAUUACUUGAAUGUUCUCAGGGAGGCAGCAUGUCAAAAGGCCUAAGUUGUAGUACUGGCUCCAUCCUUUACCAACUGUGUGACCUUACUUUACCUUUGAGCCAUGUUCUCUUCACUACUAACAAGAAAAUAACACCGACCCUGCCUACCUCACAGGGAUGUUGUGAGGGUUAAUUGAUAUAUGUGAAAGUUCUUUCAAAAUUGUAAAAUGUUAUAUAACUAAUGAAUUGUUAAUGUAUUUGUUCCAAGAUUAUUAAUAAAAAAAUGUAUCAUUUA